AAAAAAUCAGUAAAUAAAAUAAGAAAAGAAAGCAAGGAACGAUGAAGGCUAAGGCGUGAAGAAAGAGCUGUAGGGACGGAUUCGGGAGGUUCAGGUUCGACGUGUAUCAUUUUUAGGGCUUGGAUUUCUUAAAAGAAAUCCAAACCGUUAAAUGCAUUUUCUCCACUCCUUUUAAGGACCGGAGAGUAUCCGGAUCCCAUCACCGCACGGUCCGCAACCGAUUCCCGAACUCCCCUAACUCGAAAGAAACCCUAAAUUAUCUUCAGCAGCGCCGCUUCUUCCCAAGUCUCCAUCUCCAUGGACAGACACCUCGUCAGGGCGUGGCAGACUCCAAGAUCAUUAUCAAUUGAUCUUUCAUCAACUGAUUAUGUAUCCCAAGAACCAUAUUAUCGUCGUCGUAAGUGUUUAUCUCCUCGUUCCUACAACAUAAUCUUCUGUGUGCCUAAUUUCUAUACGGAUGACUAUCAUAUGAACCAUACGAAGUGGUAUAGCAUCAAUAUUCGUGAGGACGGUCCUUGCGAGGUCUACCCCAAGGGCAAAACGAUCUCUUCGUUUUGGGAAGGCAUGCUUAACGUGUACGAUGGCUUUGCAGCCCUACGUUCCCACGUCUACGCUUUUGGUUGUGGGCCGACCCCCGUCUACGCUUUUGGUUCCUCUCUAUCUGAAGUCUGCAAAUUAGACCUUACCAGCCGUGGCCCCUACUCCUUAAAGCGUGUUUCUCCGAUGAUUUCUCCCAAAUACAAACCGCUAAGUUUUGCUCUAGACGGGAAGAUUUAUUUUUUUUCUAGUCGCCUACAGCAUACGUCGCCUACCGUCAAGUGGGGUGAGGUUUUUGAUCCUGAUUAUGGAAAAUGGGAAGCCUUACCGGAUCCUCCAUAUGAUUCGAGUUCUAUAAUCCUUUCUGCAGCUCUUGAGAAUCCAAGCAGGAUUCUUGUGGCUUUCCAUGUUCCGAAUACACGCUAUUCUGCAAUGUUUUAUACAUAUAAUGUGCAGCAUCGAUCUUGGGAAGUGCUUGCCCCUCCUGAGCGCAAGAUACACUCUAUGUUCCCUGUCGGGAGUUGUCAAAGGACGAUAACUGCACAUAAUACUUUAUACUGGACCACUUGGGUAGAGACCACUUGGGUAGAGGAUGGGAUGGAGGAGGAAGCAUUCUUGAUUGCCUAUAAUUUAGACUUGGAUAAGUGGCUAGAAGGGAGUCUUAAGCAUCUCGGAAUUUCCAGUUCACCAGUUCCUUGUCUUGUGCAUUUAGAGAACAAGAGGUUCUGCAUCUUACAAACGGCUCGUCGUAUGAAAUCCGAUGAAGAUGAAGAUGAAGAUGAAGAUGGAGAUGGAGAUGAAGAUGAAGAUGAAGAUGAAGAUGAAGAUGAAGAUAAAGAAGAAGAUGAAGAUGAAGACGAAGUAUAUACUGAAGUAUUUACUCGUGUAUAUACUGAUGCAUAUACUGAUGUUCGCUGCAUUGUAGUUGAUAUUUCUCACAUGCCCGGGGAGAACAGAUUGGACAUAUCGCUUGCUUGGGAAGAAAAAUAUAAAGUGGAUAGCCCCUUUGGGUUAACAGAUGCCUUUUUACGGCCUGAAAUCAAGCAAUCGGAACUGCGAGGAGAAGAUUAAGGCCUAGGUGUAAACAGAUUUAGUAGAAAAAUCAAGCAACAAGGAAGUGCGUGGAGCAAGAGAGUUUCCUUUUUUUUUGGAUGAGUGCAAAGAGGCUACGACAAUAGGUUGCUUUAUGUUCUUAUUAAGCACUUUAUUGAGAGAUUGCUACACGGUCUAAUGCUGCUAAAAAAAUAUGUUAUUUUUUCUUCUUUUUGUGAUUGUGAGAUUGGGACAAGUGUUUAAACUUGUGACUAUUUUCAUUUUUAAUGUUCUGUUUCCCCUGUAUAUGCACCAUUGAUCCAAACUCCAAAGGCUAUGUUCUUUCCGGCUUCUA